ACUUGUAUGUCUUCAUUUUGCCUGGGUGUGGUUUUCAGACAUUAGAGUUCCGUUAGCAGGAAAUCAAACUCUAGACUCAUUCAGAGCUGCAAGAAACACACAGCAGUCACAAAUAAGUAAAAAAAAAGAAAAGUUCCUUCAAAAUCGUUUUUAUUCUGUAAACUGGUUAACGGUAACUUCUCAGGGCUGUAUCCGGUUUUGCUUUAGUCGUGCAUGUGGCAGCUGCUGGAAAAAAGUUUUGAUUCUGAAAAAGUUUCGAUUGUAUCGUACAUUUCCUAAAGGCUUGUUAUCUGGCUCCAAACUAGAGUGAAAAGAUGCCGAAAACGAUCAGUGUGCGAGUUACCACUAUGGAUGCUGAGCUGGAGUUUGCCAUCCAGCCAAACACAACAGGCAAACAGCUUUUUGACCAGGUGGUGAAGACUAUUGGGCUGAGAGAGGUUUGGUUUUUUGGACUACAGUACCAGGAUACCAAGGGCUUCUCCACUUGGCUUAAACUCAAUAAAAAGGUGACAGCGCAGGAUGUGCGGAAGGAAAGCCCACUGCUGUUCAAGUUUCGGGCGAAGUUCUACCCUGAGGAUGUGUCGGAGGAGUUGAUCCAGGAGACAACACAGCGACUCUUCUUCUUGCAGGUCAAGGAGGGAAUCCUCAAUGAUGAUAUCUACUGUCCCCCUGAAACAGCCGUGCUGUUGGCCUCAUAUGCAGUGCAGGCCAAGUAUGGAGAUUAUAACAAAGAUGCCCACAGUCCAGGAUACCUGGCCAGUGACAAGCUGCUCCCACAGAGAGUACUGGAGCAGCACAAACUGAAUAAGGAGCAGUGGGAGGAACGUAUUCAGGUGUGGCACGAAGAGCACAGAGGAAUGCUGAGGGAGGAUUCUAUGAUGGAGUACCUGAAGAUUGCACAGGAUCUGGAGAUGUAUGGCGUGAACUACUUCAGCAUCAAGAACAAAAAAGGAUCAGAACUGUGGCUGGGAGUGGAUGCUCUGGGACUUAAUAUAUAUGAGCAAAAUGACAAGAUGACUCCUAAAAUUGGAUUCCCAUGGAGUGAGAUCAGAAAUAUUUCUUUUAAUGAUAAGAAGUUUGUCAUCAAACCAAUUGACAAGAAAGCACCGGACUUUGUGUUUUAUGCCCCUCGUCUAAGGAUCAACAAGCGGAUACUUGCCCUCUGUAUGGGAAACCAUGAGCUGUACAUGAGGCGGCGCAAACCAGACACCAUUGAGGUACAGCAGAUGAAGGCCCAGGCUCGGGAGGAGAAGCACCAGAAGCAGAUGGAAAGGGCACUUUUAGAAAAUGAAAAGAAGAAGAGAGAGCUGGCUGAGAAGGAGAAAGAGAAGAUUGAACGUGAAAAGGAGGAGCUGAUGGAGAGACUGAGGCAAAUCGAGGAGCAAACUAAAAAGGCUCAGCAAGAGCUGGAGGAGCAGACCCGUCGGGCUUUGGAGCUGGAACAGGAGAGGAAAAGUGCCCAGGAGGAGGCUGAGCGACUGGAGAAGGAUCGCCGGAUGGCAGAAGAAGCUAAGGCUGCACUCCUCCAGCAGUCCGAAAGCCAGAUGAAAAACCAGGAGCACCUAGCCACUGAACUGGCUGAACUGACUUCGAAAAUCUCCCUCCUGGAGGACGCCAAGAAAAAGAAGGAAGAUGAGGCCCUGCAGUGGCAGCAGAAGGCGACCAUGGUCCAGGAAGACCUGGAGAAGACCAAAGAGGAAUUGAAAUCCAAGAUGAUGGUUGCUCACGUACAGGAGCCAGUCCACGAAGAGAACGAGCAUGAUGAGAAUGACGAGAGCAGCGCAGAGGCCAGCGCCGAGCUCACAUCAGCGGGCACCUACAAGGAUCGUAGCGAGGAGGAGCGCAUGACAGAGGCGGAGAAGAAUGAGCGUGUGCAGAAGCACCUAAUGGCUUUGAGUUCAGAGCUGGCCAACGCCCGGGACGAGACCAAGAAAACGCAGAAUGACAUGAUCCAUGCAGAGAAUGUGAGAGCAGGGCGGGAUAAGUACAAGACACUGCGCCAGAUCAGGCAAGGCAAUACCAAGCAGCGCAUCGAUGAGUUUGAGUCCAUGUGAUCGGUGCCCACUGAUACCUGUGCUGGAACCACUACAGAGGAGUCCCAUUGGACACUGCCGCCCCUUCACUGCAAACCUGUCUUGAACUAAUCCGCAAAUCAGCAGUUACCUUUCAAGAUGUGGUAAAUACAAUACAUUAAUACUGAAACCGGAACAUUUAAUGUGAAUUGCAACCAUUUUGACUCAGUUUUCAUGGGCGUACUUUUACAAUUUAUAGUUGGUUAUUGCCUGACAAAGCAGUAGACCAAUUUUUGUUUUUGUACACGUACUAAUUUUAAUUGGUUCAGUCUUCCCAUUCAGUGUCAAUAAAAAUGUUCUAGUAAAGUUUCAGUGUUCAGUAGUCUAAUUGCAUACCAUACACUAGGAUAGUUGGUAUUGGGGAAGAUUUAGGAAUUGUGAGAAAAAACAGACCUCAAAAGCAUCUGAUUGAUGAUUGAACCUUAGUGUGUUUUGAUCCCCAUCUUAAAUUGACAACAAACAAUAAAACACCAGCUUGGAACCACCUAAUGGUUAAAUGAAGGAGUUGUACAAAUAGAACUGAUUUUCUCUUGGUGUUUAUUUUAUGUUAUGGGGAAUAUUAAACAUGCUCAGGGUUAAAUAAGAGAACUAAUAACAGUUCUUAGUUAAUUUUGACCUCUUCAAUCAAAUCUUCUGAACCCAAAAGCUGCUUUGAUGCAAUAGAGUAAAAUAUCACAUUUAAGCAUGACUAGAAUAAAUGUUGUGCAGCAAUAAAGCAUUUCAACAGUCAUUUAGUAGUGUGUUUAAAAAGGCUUGUUUUUAAUAGUAUUUCUCAUAUUGUGCCUUCAAUAAGAGAGGUUGAGCAGGUUUGUAGUGAGGAGUCUGUUCAAUUGGAUGGCUCCCCACUGUUAGUAAUUUCAGUAAAGUAAGAUACAAUAGAAACUGUAUUUCUUAGUUAUUUUUUUAUUUUAAGCUUUUAACUUUUUUGUAAGUCCACAAUGUUGUGUUCUUGAAAAGCAGUUCUUGUCUUCGUUACGUGAAAAAUCUGAUAAUUUGCAGUAUUAUAUUUUCAGACUCAGUAUUAGAUCACAAUCCAUGCAAGGCUGCAAAACCAUGAUUGCUCCUUUUAUAGUUGGUUACAUAUUUUUCAGUGAGUAUUAUUCUCUGAUAUAUCUGUUAUGAUUUUUAUAGCUAUGCAGAGUAGUAAGUAAAAGAUAUAUAGGAUUUUCUUUUUAUAUAACAAAUCUUUUGCGAAAUGUUGUAUAAUAUGAAGCAUCAACUAUUUUGAAAUAAAAAUAUUGUAUGCAGCCUAAUUGUUUCAAGGCUUGCUUAGAAUAUUUCCAUUUUUGUUUUGUCUUGAUUAAAAAAUAGCUUUGUGAUUUUAUAAAAAAAGCAAGAAAUGUAUGUAUUACUAAUGUAAGAGGCCCAUUGAAAUAUUCAUUUUAGCCUUUUUUGUUAAAUUAUGUGAAAGACAGAAUGCCACCAUAUCAGAAGAAUGUUAAUAUUGCAUUGCUGUAUUAGCGACAGGCAGUGCCUUGUUUUCAUAAUAAUAAAAAUGUUCGCUGCUUGAAAGGUUUUCAUUUCAAAACUGUAAUAAAAUUUAAAAUAAU